AAUCUUCUUCUUCCUAUCACUACGUGAGAGAAUGAGAGGGUUUGCAAUGGCCGCCGCAGCUUCAGAGCUGCAAGGCAUGCCGGAGGCAUUGGCGGAGGGAAUGUCGGCGUCUGGGAGGACGGCGGAGAAGCUGAGCCUUCCGAGCUUGCAAUCAAAGAUGAAACGCGAUCCGGAUGUCUAUGAAUCGGAGUUGAGCUUAAUCUACAGUCAAUUCAAGUCGUUGGUGGAGCUCUUUGAGCAACAGGCUUCCCACAACUUCACCUCCCUCAGCGGCGUCGCCACCGAUCCCACCGUUGCCAAGGACCUCGGCGACAGGGCCACGUUCUUGGCGCAUGUCACUCCCUUCUACCCAAAACAGCUUCCCCAAUUCCCUAAAGAGCUCGCUCAGUUUCUUCGUUCCUCAUCCCGGGCUCUGCCUUCCCAUCUCCGGGUUCAUGUUGCCCAAGCUUUGAUUCUUUUGAUAAAUCGUCAGAUGAUUGACAUUCGGGAGACACUUGAGUUAUUCAUGGAGCUGCAGACCCUAGGAGACAAAGUUCUAAGGAAGUUGGCUUUCUCACACGUUAUUCAUAGUAUCCGGCGAUUGAAUCAGAAGCAUAAAAAUGAUUCAAAGAACAGAGAGCUUCAGAGUAUCUUAUUUGCUAUGCUACAGCAAGAAGAUGAAAUAAAAGCAAAAAGAGCACUCAUCACGCUCUGUGAACUCCACCGGAGAAAGGUUUGGUUUGAUGAAAGGACAGCAAAUGCUAUAUGUAUGGCAUGCUUUCACACAUCAUCAAGGAUCAUGAUUGCUGCCCUUUCUUUCCUUAUUGAUUAUGAGAAGAUUGAAGAUGAUGAUGAUAGUGAUGAUUCAGACAGUGAAGAUGACCAGAGUGCUCAACAGCCUAUGGUUGUGGUUAAUAAAGAGGCCAUUUAUAAGGCAAAUAAUAAGGGUACAACAUCUAGCAAAAAGAAAAAGAAAGCAAAAUUACAGCGUAUCGUUCGAAAUAUGAAGAAGCAGCAGCGGUUACAAGCAGAGCAAAAUAACAAUUCAAACUAUUACUCACCACUAAACUACUUGAAAGAUGCGCAGGGAUUUGCAGAGAAGCUCUUUUCUCGUCUUCAAACUUGUAAUGAGAGGUUUGAGGUCAAGAUGAUGUUGCUAAAAGUAAUUGCACGAACAGUUGGGCUUCAUCACUUAAUCUUAUUAAAUUUUUAUCCUUACCUUCAGAAAUAUAUUCAGCCUCAUCAACGAGAUGUGACAAACUUACUUGCAGCGGCUGUUCAGGCCUGUCACGAUAUGGUGCCACCUGAUGCUGUUGAACCGCUAUUUAAGCAAAUAGUCAACCAGUUUGUUCAUGACCGGUCAAGGCCUGAGGCAAUCUCUGUUGGACUGAAUGUAGUCAGAGAAAUAUGUUUGCGAGUGCCUCUGUUAAUGACGGAGGACCUGCUGCAAGACCUUGUAUUGUAUAAGAAAUCACAUGAGAAGGCAGUUUCUUCAGCUGCUCGCUCACUUGUUACAUUAUUCAGAGAGAUUUGCCCUUCACUACUUGUCAAGAAGGACAGGGGACGCCCUUCUGACCCAAAAGCAAGACCCAAGGCAUUUGGUGAAGUGCAGAUUGCCAGCAAUGUUCCUGGCAUUGAAUUGUUGGAAGAGAAUGAUGAGGAGAGUGAUGAUGAUGUUGAAAGUGGGUCCAUUGGCACAUCCAACAAUGAUAAUGAGAGUGAUGAAGAUGUUUUUCCUGUUGAAGAAGAUGACCAGUCUGAUGAGGACAAUGUUUCUGAACAUGCAUUCAGUGACUUUAGCAUUGAUCAUGGAACUGAUGAUGAUAAUGACAGUACUGAUGAGCAAGAAGAUGAGGAAUUGUCUGAUGAUGAUGCAGAUGACUACAGAAGUGAGGAGGAGGAGGAGGAUGAAGAGGAGCUUGACGGACCAUCCAGUAGACAAGGUACUAGUACUCCAGGUUCUGAGGAUGGGGAAAAGAAAUCCAAGGCACAGAAAAGGAAGUUCGAUGAUUUUGAUGAAGAGCUCCAAGCUGCUGGUAAGAGUCUUAGGGCUCUAAAGAAAUUAGCAGGAGCAAAACUUGGAAAUGACUCCUCAGAUACACAAGAUGGUAUUCUGUCUAAUGAGGAUUUCCAAAAGAUCAAAGAGCUAAGGGCUAAAAAGGAUGCAAGGAAUGCUUUGUCUCAGCAUGGAUUUAAACUUCCCAACUCAGACCAACUCAGUUCAAAAAGAGUUGAUGCAGCAAAACUUGAGGCUAACAUAAGAAAGAAGUUAAGCAAGGAAGAAAAGCUAGCAUUAAUAAAAGCUCGCAGGGAGGAGCGAGGAAAGUACCAGGCUCGUUCUGCUGUGAAACAGAAAAAGACUGGUGGUCAAAGCAAUCUGCAAAAGGAACGCAAAAAACUAAUGCCAAUAGCUGCAAAGAGAGCCAAGGUUGCAAAAUCAAGACAGGAAAAAAAGAAAAAGCAACAGCGAGCUGGCAAACAGUUCAGAGGGAGAAAAGCAUGGAAAUGACAUACCACAUAUGUUUCCUACAAUUUUGUGUUCCUCUCAAUUUACAAAAAUCAUUGUAUCAUUUGUAUUCAAUUAGCGAAGAAAUAUCGAGUGAUUAUUCAGACUUUAACAGUGCUUUUUGGUAGAUUUUGUGUUGUGCUCUUGCCUAUAAAAAUGAAAUUUACAACUGAGUCAA